AUGUCUUCACCGCUAAUAAAUACCCCAAACGGACAAUUUAACUUUGCAGCUAAUUCGAGUCCAGACGUAAUAGGAGAGCGAUGUAAUGUUAUAGAGCGUAGAGCUAAAGCAUAUUUUACCAAGGUUGAAGUAGCUCAAUGUGCAGAAAAGCAAGGGUCUGGUGAAUCAAAAGAUAUGUCAAGAGCACAAUGGUGUGCUUUUAUAGCGGCUGUGGGAAAUAACCUUGGGUUACCACAGAGCACGAUAUGCACAGCACAAUUACUUUAUAAUAGAUUCUUUUUAUUUCAUCCUACAAAAGACUUUGCAUCUACAAAGCAAAAAACUGAUUUAUGUAUUACAUGUUUAUUUGUUUCUACAAAAAUUGAGGAAACUUAUAAAAAACUCAAAGACAUUUUGGUAGCAGCAUAUCAAGUUAAACACCCUGAGGGAACUGAAAUCAAUGCAGAGAGUCAGGUGUUAGAAGAUCAAAGGCGUCGCAUUAUUCAAAAUGAACGCGCGAUAGUCGAGACAAUAUGUUUCGAUUUUCAAUUCGUACUUCCUCAUAAAUUGUUGGUCAAAUUCGUAAAGAAAUUAAAAGGUGAUAAAUAUUUAUAUCUUAAGGCAUAUAAUAUCGUCAAUGAAUGGUUUCCGCCUGCCACCAUGGCAGCGGCUUCGAUUUUUCUCGCUGCGAAAUUAUUGCAUCGAGAAAAUUUUCCGUCCAUAGUUCACAAUAUACCUUGGUACAAGUUAUUUUUGGCUAGAAUAGACGAUAUUGAAGAAAUAUGUUGCCUCAUUUUGGAUCACUUCAUAUUAGAAUCAUCAUCAAACCCCGAUGACCCUGCUAAUGAAGAAUUUACGCAAUUGAAAUUAGCUAUAAGUCAGCAAGCUAAAGAAAGAGAUGCAUCAAUGGAAGAUGUGAUCAUGAAUAGCAUGGCUAUGGAAUCUAAUGAAGAUUCCUUUCAGAUGAUCAAUGGGGAAUCAAAAGAUCAUACUGUCCGGUAUAUGUUUGCAACAAUACCGGAAAUACAUUUUGUUUGA